CAUCUUCCAUGGUGCCUUGUAGGGUUGCACAGGCGGCGAGGCAGCUUCCCUGCUCCCACAGAGCUCACCACCUGAAACUGCAAGGAAACCUGCAGAGGUGGCGGCGGCGGUGGGCAGCUGCGCUUACUAGACCUCAAUGAAUUCUUAUUGCUAUUGUCGUCAUCGUAGCCAAUUGAGUCAUAAACCUUCCUUGUUUUGCUGCAUCACUGGGAAGGUCUGCCUCCACCAUUUCCCAGCCCUAGAAGUCCCAUAGAGUCCCAUAGGGCUUACUCCCAAGUCAGAAGAAGGAGCAGUUCAUCUUCCAAGGGCUCCGUUGCUAGGGCUGGGGCCCGUUGCCAGGGGCGGGCCCGGCGGAGCCGGAACUCUCGCGAGGCCGGGGCGGCGGUUGCUCGGAGACGCGGCGACUCCGAGCCUGGGCAGCAGCCGGAGAGGGGACUCAGUCGCCACCAUGGUGAGGCCGGAAGUGGGGCGCGCUUGCGAUGAGGGGGCCCCGGGGGGCUCCCCCAAAACCGGGGCGGUGCUGGGGCUCCUGCCCGCCAAGAGGCCCCGACCCUCCACCCCGGAAGCGCGGGGGCUGGACAUGCUCAGCGACAGACCGAACUCUGCACAUGUUCAGGGGCACACAUUCCUUCGUCACUCUUCCUUACGCGUGCCAAGAGUAAGCCCUGAUAUAAGCCUUGAGCCCUGGUAAGCACUGCUCUCACCACCACCACCAACCCCUAUUUUACAAGUGUGCCUCUUCAACGCCAUGGAGCAAUUGCACAGGCAAGUAGGUACAGGCAGCCAGAACCCAUUUGUUCUUUGGAGAGAGGGAGGGAUGCGUGGAUCCCCUUCCUAGAGAAAACGGCACUUCAUCAUUGCCCAAAGGGGUUAUGAGCAUGAAUUCACAGCCUCUUUCCUUCCUUUGGCUCCCCACUUCAUCCAUCACACUGAAGAUGCUCUCUUCUCCUCUCUUGUCCUCUCCCCCACUACCACAUUUGUUCAGGCUCCCAAAAAGAAAGGAGAAAAGAAAGGUGGCAAGAAGAAAGGUGCAAAAAGCCCUGUGGUGGAUGCUGUCUCCCCGGAGGGCAUGACCAAAGAGCAGGUGAGAAGGGGGUCACUUUGCAGUGGCAACAGAGAGGGUACAUUCUUAAAAAUGUGUGGAUGGGAAAUAGAAACUACAAUGCAAAGUGGUUUCUUGCCAACAAGAGGGAAACCAAUCUACCUAGAGUUAUUUAGGGGACUCCAUUUCCUAGCAACCCCAGGAUGAUGGGAGUUGUAGUCCAGCAACACCCUUCAGGCCACCCAUGUUUCCCACCCCUGGCCUGUAUCACAUUAGAGAAUGGUCAAGGUGUCUCUCAUUUUGGGGUGGAGUGAUGUAUGGGGUGCUUGGCCUACCCUCAUUAUCUCCAACCUUCCUGGCUAGGAGUAAGACCAAGUGUGAGUCAUGCAGUCCCUCAGCUGGCUUGUUGCAGAGUCCACUCUUUCCAUCCCUCUGACACUUCACUACAGAACUGAGGACCAGCAUUGGGAGAAGCCACUAUUUUGCCAGGGGUCCAUGUUGUUCCUUACUAUACCCUUCUGCAUUCCAUAGGGUAGCAAAACUAGGCACCUCUUCAGUAUAGCUAAGCUCACAGUUCCAUUUUACAGUUUGGGUACAGGUAUUGUGAGAAUAUUGCACAGGAACAGCCUUCACCAUCCUGAUGCCUUCCAGGUGUUUUGGGCUGCAUCUCCCAUUAACCCCAGCUAGCAAACCCAUCAGUGUAGCUGAUGGUUAAUGACAACCAGCACAUCUGGAAGGUACCAGGUUGGCAAAGACUGCCCUAAACAUUCUAAGCUGAUUUAUCCACUUCCAGAGAGCAACAGACUCAUGGAGCCAAGCUUCUCUCUAACCAAAUAAUUCAUUCACCUAUUUAUCGUGCAUUCUGAAAUGAAACAGUUGCACCCUUUAUGGAAUUAGCCAUGCUUCCCAUGCCAGUUCACAGGAAAGCCUUGGCUUGAAAAGAAAAAGAAAAAGCUUUGGAAUUCACUGAGUCAGAAAAGGCACAAUGCCAGUAGUGGCGAUGGUGGGCUCCCAGUCCUUCCUCUCGGCUCCAGCCCGACUGUUGGCUGACCCUCUUCUUGGCUUUGCAGCUGGAGGAACACAUGGGCCGCAUUCGGGAGGAGCUGGACCGUGAGCGGGAAGAACGCAACUACUUCCAGCUGGAGCGAGACAAGAUCCACACCUUCUGGGAGAUCACUCGGCGGCAGCUGGAUGAGAAGAAGGCUGAAUUGCGCAACAAGGACCGUGAGAUGGAGGAAGCCGAAGAGCGUCACCAGGUGGAGAUCAAGGUAAGAGCCUGUGGACUUCACAGAUCACAGAAUUGUAGAGCUGGAAGGAAUCCCAAGGGUUAUAUAGUACAACCCCCUGCAGUGCAGGAAUCACAGCUAAAGCAUCCCUGACAGGUGAGUGAUAAAAACAUGAGCUGCUUUGUAUGGAGUAUGUAUUUAAGUAAAAUAAAACAUUUCCCAUUGGUACUAACCCAACAACCUUUUACUAGGGACCUUUUGCCUGUGAAACAUGCUCUCUGCAACCAUUUACCCAUGGUGCCUCCACUUGUGGUUGAGCAGCUAGAUAUUGGCUUGGCCAGCCCCACAAUGUUGUGGAUGGAAAGUGGGGAAAUGGCUACGGCAUUGGAAGGGUCUAUUCUUUUGGCAUAAAGACAUAGAGGCUCACAUGUUCCUGAAUCUUCUUCAGUUCCUGGUACUUGAUGAACUUGGAGCCACGGUGCUGCAGACAGAGUUGGUCACCAGCUUGGUUGGUCUGGCACCCCUGGCUGGGGCACCUCAACCGACUUCCAUCCCCUUCCCCUGAGUAGCCACAAGUGCCUCUCAUUUACUCAGGCCUCUGCAAAAGAGAGUACCUUGGCCGAUGAGGGCCAACGCCUGCCUCGUCUUCCUUUUGUCUCAGGUUUACAAGCAGAAGGUGAAGCACCUGCUGUACGAGCACCAGAACAACAUCACAGAGCUGAAGGCAGAGAGCACAGUGUCUAUGAAGCUGGCCCAGAAGGAUCACCGGUCCCAGGAGAUGGAGCUGCGUAAGGACAUGCGCACCUUGAAGGUGGAGCUGAAGGAGCAGGAGCUGUCCAACGAGAUGGUGGUGAAGAACCUUCGGCUGGUAUGUCUGAAGUGAUGCCGGACUUGGCUCUUGGGCUGGGCUCAGGCCAACUUUCGUUGAGCGCAUGGUGUGCGGGUGGGAAGGAGAGGGGUGGUGGUUCUUAAACCUCAGUUGUUCCUCCAGAGCAAACCAGCCUUAGCUUUGCUUUUGAGCUAGGAGGAGUAGGCCUUUGUAUAUGCAACAUCUGUCACUAACCAGUAUCAUCAUCUUGGCAGAAACAACAAGAAGACAUAACACGAUUGCGCAAUGACUUUGAGAGGCAGGUGAAAGGUCAGUUCUGGGGCUCGCCACCAAAAACUGUGGGGUUUGGGUUUGGAAGGGAAGGCUAUCUUUGUGCCCAGGCAAGGAUCAGUGGGCCACAGUGUCACUUCAUCCCUUGGGCGCCCUUUCUCGCACACAUGCAGUGACAAGGGAGCUGCUUCCUUAUGGCACAGUCUCACUCUUCUGGAAGGUGUAUGUGUGUGACUUUGUAGCCAUGGUGUGUAAGGCCCAUCUCAUGAGUCUGCCCUAUGUUGUGUGUAAUUGAGGCUAAGUAGCAGCUUGAUAGAGAGCACAGAUUUGUGUAGGGCCUGUCUUGCAGACCAGCUCCUGUCUGUUUUGCAGUCAUUCCGAGGGAGGGGCCUGAGGCUUCCUUGAAAUGCCACAUGCAUUAUAAGGUGGAACUUGACAGCAGUUCUAAGCUCCUCAUCAAAUUAAAUGUGUCAAAAUAGCUAGGCACAGGAGUGCCAUUUGCUAGGCCUUCUAUGAAUUCCAUCUCUGCUGGGAGCUUUCUAGAAAGCCAGGCUCCAUGGGCCCAUCCUUUGCUCAGAGUUGUUUAUAUAUAGUCUGAGCACUUCCAGUACCUUUGGGUGACAACAUUUUCCAGUCAGCCUAGAGUCUUGCUUCGCCCUCUUGUUGGAGCUGGAGAACACUUUGCCCCAUCUCCUCUUCCACACAGCAUAGAGAAACAGCCCACAGAUAGAGGCAUGCAUAGCCUUGUCACUUUUUUGCCUAGUAGAGCACUCAGUCUGCCCUGCAUGCCGCUUCCCCAGAGAUCGAGGCCAAGUAUGAGAAGAAGAUGCGGGUUCUACGUGACGAGCUAGACUUGCGCAGGAAGACUGAAAUCCAUGAGAUUGAGGAGAGAAAGAAUGGACAGAUCAACACACUGAUGAAGAAUCACGAGAAGGCUUUCAGCGACAUCAAGAACUACUACAACGAUGUCACUCUUAAUAACCUGGCACUUAUCAACACCCUCAAGGUAAAAGACAUGCACCACACGACACCAUCCCCAAAUCAGCCUGUUGCCAGAUUCAGGUAGUGGAAGGUCAAAGUGGAUGGUAUUCAUUGGGCUUUCUGUGUUUUGUUUUUUGUUCUGUUUUGGCUGAUUUCUGUACUGCCAUUGCUUUAGAGCCACUACAUGUUGCAUUUGUUUGCUCUGCCAUUGUGGAUACCUUGAGCCCUGGAGCUCCUCUCUUGUGCAUCUCACUAUGGACCAACCCCUGUUGUAGUUGAAGGUCAUGUGUUUCCCAUUUGGGGAAACGAACCAUUCUGGUUUGGGGAGAAAGUCUGUUUCUAUAUUUUAUAUGUCAACCGCGACCUUGUUUGUUUGGAAAUUUGUUCCGUUCACUUCAGUGGGCCGGUCAAAUGAGUCAGGGUGCAGCCUUGGUUAUCCUCUGGUGAUUCAGAGCUGUUGUUUCUCUUUGCCUUGGUGGUGGUGGGUCCCAUGGGAGGUUUGAGGAAGCAUGUUCCAGACAGGUGGUCAGGACUGGUGGGACGGGGCUUGCUGCCUGUUUUUGAGGACCUGAGGCACACACAGCCUCCUUUCUCUCUGUGUGUCUUGGAGUACAGGAGCAGAUGGAGGAGAUGAAGAAGAAGGAGGACCAUCUGGAGAAGGAGAUGGCUGAAGUGCUGCUGCAGAACAAAAAGCUGGUGGAGCCACUGCAACGAGCCCGUGAAGAGGUGGCAGAGCUGCAGAAGAAACUGGCGCACUAUGAAAAGGACAAGGCCAUGUUGCAUGUGAGUCCCAGGGCUCUGCAUUCACCUUUGCUUCCUGAGUGUCCUGGCCAAUGAACUCUGGGUUACUUAGUAGGACUGACUCUCUGCUAGUUUGGUGUGAACAGCACUGGGCUAUUUCUGCACCAGCCCACUUUCAUGCCACAGAUUUUUAUUUCCACUUUUGGUAGCAGUUUGCAUUGUCUCUAUUCUCAUGUGCCCUUUAUUUCCAGAGUUUGGAAAUUUGUACUGUGUGAAACAGGCACCACCCUUUCUGUGAUGUCCUUCAGUGCUAACAGUGGGGGCCAUAAGGAUCAUGAAACAUGCUGGAAGUUGGGGGCAAGAGACCCCCGAGCUGAAGUUUCCAGGAUGAGGGACUUGAAUGAUGCCCAGUCCCUGUGGAGCAGAUAGAGGAACAUAGUACUUUCCCACUCUUACAGUUUCUCCUUUGCACUGUCUGGUUUGGAGGUCAAAACCCAUCAGUCCCUUCUGUGCCCUAGAAACUGUGUGUGGCUGCUUUAACCUCCUUCUCUUCCUUUUCCAGCACACACAUGCCCGUUUGAAAGUCACCGAGAAGGAAUUAAAGGAUCUCCAGUGGGAACAUGAAGUGCUGCAGCAAAGGUUCAUCAGGGUAGGGAUCAAGAAUCACUGUUGUGCUGUGGCUGAACUUAGAGUUGGGAGAGGGUUGGAUUUGAUGGGUGGGCUGUGGGACAGGAUGAAAAGUAUGGACCCAUUUUCUGCAGAUAUCCAGUAGAGAGGUCUAUAUACCCACCCACCAUCCAUUGGGCCUUGAGAAUUCUGUGGUCCUGGUUGUUUCUUGAUGAGACCUUUAGAGCAGAUGGACAAGUCUGAGCCAAAACUGCCUGCAAUGGGCAUUCCCUGUCAUCUCCAAAUUAGCUGUGUAAUUUUUUGUGGUUCUUUUGGAUUGCUUGAGCAGCUGGACUUUGUGUUUGUCUGAACAGCGGCAUGUCUACUGCUGGGCUGGUCUAGUCAUCAGUAUGACUUAAAGAAGUGGGGACUGCGAUACUGGAUAGGGGCAGCUCCCAUCAGAGGGGGGGAUGGAAGGGAGGGGCUCUCUUCAGUAUAACUCAUUAAGACAUGGGGACAGGUUUGCGUGCCAUUCAGCAUUGAUCUGAGACCUCAUUAGCUGCCUUUGAAAACUGGCUGCAGUGGUCCUAUCUUAAUGAGGGGGUCUCUUACUAACAAGAAUUGGGUCAGGCUGCCUCCCAUCCCUCCUCCCCCACAGAUCCUUGCAAAGUGCAUUGGGAGAGAAAGGAGGCCUUUCUGUCCCCAAAGGCAUCAUUCUCUUGCUCUCCUGAGGCUGCUUAAAGCCCAUGGCCUACUCUGCCAUGCCUUGCUGGGUGGUCGGUUUCUGUUCCUGAAAUGGGGGAAAGAGGUUGCUGCAGAUUCCUCAGUUCUCUGGCUCCUGAGGAGGAGGCAAGCAAGCGUGCUGGGGGCUUCUGUGGAGCUGCCCUCUAUGACUGCUGCAAGGCUGGGGGUUGAAAACAGGGGCUUGACUCUUCCUGAUAAAGGUCAGCAUAUGGGAGCACAGCAAGGCAGUGGGUGGGCAUUUGCAUGGCACACACACACAUGCACACACACAAAUGCACAUAUAGCACAAUGCAAGAGGAUGAUUUUAACUGAUAAAAACCUAAUCACCACCAGCCCUGUCUUCCAGCUCCCACUGCCUUCCCUAAUAGCCCGAGGGGCUGCCCCAGAGCUCUGCAUUGCUCCUCCCUCUGUGACUCACUAAAGUCCCAACUUUUGGAAUCAUUGCAACAUAUUUUCAUCUGUGUUGGUUUGUGACAGAGGGGGUGGGCAGCUGUUGUCAUUGGGUAGCUGGCUUUUUAUUUUUGGAAGAAGACUUUUACGCAUGAAUGUUAGGACUGUAGGCAGUUGCCUAAAUACACAGCCAGACCCUUGGUCCAUGCAGCUCCGUCUUGUCUAUGCACUGACUGGCAGUGGCUCUCAAGGCUUCACCUUUCCCAGCCCUCCCUGGAGAUGUGCGGGAUGCAACUUUGGACAUUCUGUAUGCCAAGCAUGUGCUUCACCACUGAUCUCCAGCCCUUUCCAAUGUGCUCACAGUGGACAAGCAAAACACACCAAAACCCAAAGCGCCUUAUUAACAGACAGAAUACCUGGUUUAGGGGCUUCAUGGAGCGCCAGUCUGUGCCAAGGCUCAGAGCAGUGCUCUCUUUGACUCUGGGGUUGAUGGUUGUCUGCACAGGUGCAGGACGAGCGAGAUGACCUGUACCAGAAAUUUACCAAAGCCAUUAACGAGGUGCAGCAGAAAACUGGCUUUAAGAACUUGUUGCUGGAGCGGAAGCUUCUCGGCCUCUCCAACAUCCUGGAGAAGAAGGAGGUGCAGCUCAACGAGGUCCUGGCUGCCACCAACCUUGAUCCCGGUGCUCUCAGUGUGGUCACCCGCAAGCUGGAGGUACUGUGCUUCUAAUCACCCUGGGGAUUAUAGAGAAAGUUUAUAGAUAUUUUUCUAAUACCCUUCAGUUAAACAAACAGCUCCCAAGCCAGAUGAGAACAAUUGGUCAGAUUCCUUCUUGCUGGUGUUUCAGAUGGUGUUUGUCCCUGGGUUUCAUAUUACCAAGAUGGAUUAGGCAAGAUCUAGGUAAAACCUUGCAAUGCACAGGAAAAAGGUGCACUGGCUAAAAGGGAACUGCCAGGGACUCAAAGUGUGGGCAAGUGCAGGGAGCCAUCCUAUAAUAAGAGACUCUGCCCAACCUGACAAGGGGAAGUUAGCUUUUCUCUGAGCACUCCCCCUCAUUCAGGGGCAAUUAAUAAAUGUAGCCUGCGCAGUAUUUCAGAGGAGCUGCCCUUAGUUGUGCACAAGAGGCCCACAAGCAUGAAAAGCCUUUGCCUCAGCCCUCCAAGCAAUCAGAGCAUGUACAGUAGUACCUCGGGUUACAAAUGCUUUGGGUUACAAACUCUGCUAACCUGGAAGUAGUACCUCAGGUUGAGAACUUUGCCCCAGGAUGAGAAUGGAAAUCACACGCCGGCGGCACAGCAGCAGCGGGAGGCCCCAUUAGCGAAAGCGCGCCUCAGGUUAAGAACGGUUUUGGGUUAAGAACGGACCUCUGGAACGAAUUUUCAUAACCCAAGGUACCACUGUACCAACAUUUCCAUUUGCCAAGCAGGCUCUGAAUGCACACACACACACAACUGGCCUCUAGUUGCCUCGGGUUGACUAGAAGCUGCUGGGAGGUGUUUGUUUCCAGCAGCAGCUAUAUAAGUCAGUCACAUGGGCAGUACCGUGGGCAGAAGGGACCCUCUCAGCAGUGACUGAACCAGUGGUGGGGUGAAUUGCUCCACUGGGGAAUGCUUUUCCUUCCUAUCUGACCUGAGCCUCUUUGGUGCUUUCUUGGGACAUAGAAUGCACAAGCAGUCAGCAAGUGUCUGUUGUGCUUCUGGCUGUGAGAAUACACUUGGCAUGAGGGUGCUGUGCCUGGGGAAAUCUGCAGGAGCCUGAUUGAAAGGGGACGUUCCAGUGGUCAGAGACUUCAGUUUCUUUUCCCUCUGGCUGGUGGAGUUGGAAGAGAUUCUACAUGCAAAUCUGCCGAACCUAUGUGCCAUUUAUUCUGGUCUCAGAAUCCGUUCAGUACACAGAGCACACGUGCCCCUUUGCAGCAUGAGAACUGUGCGAACUGAAGCGGCAAUGUGCCCUCGGUGCCAGGGCGGUGUUUCCUGCUCUGCUGCUCAGUCUCCAGUGGAGAUGGAAAGGGAGAGAGAAAAUGAGCUCCUGGCUGCCUUCUCGGUUCCUUGCCUUCCUCCUCCUCUCCCUGCGGCCACUUGGAACUGUCAGUAUCUUCUAGCAACACAAGCGUGGCUUGGGGACUGCUUGCCACACAGCUUUCUCUCAACUCGUUCCACUCCACGGGGUUUCCCUGGUUGCGGAUUUCCUAGCUGCCCGCUUUCUUUGCUAAGGUUGGGUUCUCUCUAACAGCGCCCUGGUACACAGCAAGGCGAUCUGCGCUUUCAAAGCAUUCCCCUGGCACAUCAAGUUGUUUCUGGGGAGCAGGGGCUGCCCAUCACACUGUCAGGGCCCCUCCUCUCUCUGUUUCCAGCCCAAGAGCCAAGGGAGGUUCUCCAUCAUAGGGACCUCUGUGGCCUUCUCACUCUUCAGGCUUCCUGUCCUGUCCAGUCUCUGAAAUGCCUGAUGGUAUGGAAACAGAGUUAUCUCCCGUGACUUGGCCUGCCUGGGAAGGGGGCUUAGUUAGCGGCUUCCACAUUCCAAGCACGGCUGGCGCCAGUAACUGGAGAUUCUUCCCAGGGGCAGCUGCUCCUUCCACCAGGCCUCCCACAUUCCUACCUUCAGCUGCUGCUUGCGCAGGAGGCACAUCCACAGGGGAUUCCCUGGGUAUUGUAGCACCAGAUCCUGUGCCAAAUAGGGCAAAAAAUGGCUUGGUGGCAGAAAUGCCAGCCCACAGCUCUCAUCUCCCAUUACUGGCGGGCAGCGCGGAUGAGCCUUAAUUUGAGUCACAAAGAGGAAAUUGUGCAGGGAGGCAAGAGGCGCAUUAGCUCCUGUUUGUAGAUGGAGUGCUCCACUGUGAUUGCUAUGCCAAGUAUGGUAUGCAGUACUGUAUACAAAAUUCAGCACCCAUGAGAAUCUCGGGUUUUACCUGAUUUUGUAAAAGCAGGUUUCUAAACCUCAUGGCCGUAGAGAGGCUUGGAAAUACGUUGGCACUGCCUAAUGAAAUCACGGCAGAUUAGGACUUUCAGCAUGCAGAAUUUGGAGAAAGGAAAGAGCCAAGCACAAGACUGUGCUGCAGAAGGGCACCUAACUUUUCAUAGGCCUGCCGUGGCCCAUUAAGAAAUGGCCAGAAGCUCUGGCUGGGCCUUGACUAGUCCCCUUGUGGGCCAGUUCACUUGCCUGAUGUGUUAACACCCGAACAACCUUCCUUCACAGGAUGUGCUGGAUUCGAAAAACAAUGCCAUCAAGGAUCUGCAGUAUGAGCUAGCCAGAGUGUGCAAGGUAAGAGCUCCAGCUGAGGAGAACCCUGUAAUUGUACUUGAAUGUCUGUUGGAGCAAAAUGUAGAGAGCAGGUCUCUUUAGACACAACCCAGGAAAGAAAUAUAUUUUCCCUAGCAGUUGGCUUUUACUUAUGCCUUGUUUGAAAGCCAUUUGUGCUAGCAGGAAUUCACUGUCCUGUGGCAGUGAGUUCCAUAGGUUAAUGCCAAGAAGUGUGGAUAAGUACUUCCUCUGUCUUUUCUAAUGCCCACUGCCUACCCAUUUCAGUGAACAGCUGAUGGGUUUGACAAGUGUUGUACUAGCCACUGCUCCAUCUGACCUACCAAGUUGCAUCAUGUUCACCUUCAGCCCCAUUUUUCUAAGUUAACAAGUUUGUUCUAAGCAUUUGUUCCUUGAAAUGGUCUAGCCUGCAACCAUUUUAGUUGGCCUUUUCCUGCUCUCUUGCAUCCUUUUAGAGAAAUAUGGAUGCAGCCGCCACUGCCAUGGGUGCAUUGGGUUGGCUAUUACCCAUAGACAAGAGAAGUUGCCUUAGCUGGCUGUGUUAUGGUAUGUGAUGUUUGAUCCCUCUCCUCAACCUGCAAUUGCCUCCCACUGCAGGCCCACAAUGACUUGUUGCGGACGUAUGAGGCCAAGCUCACAGCCUUUGGGAUCCCUUUGGACAAUUUGGGCUUCAAGCCCCUGGAGACCUCCGUGAUCGGCCACACGCUGGGCCAGGGCCCUGCUGGGUUUGUCUCAACCCCCACGUAGCACAGCCUGACAUCAUACUUUGGAAUGCCUUCAGCCUAAGCCUUGUGUGCAAGCAAGCCUCUGUCCCGCUCCUGCUGUGGCCGUAGAGGGGACGGAGGGAGGGAGAGAGCAGCCCCCUGGAAUGAGAUUGUGUCUGCUCCAUCCCUCAUUUGUAUUAAAGAGGCCCUGUGGUGGGCUAUUCAGUCUUCA